AUGGAGUCCAUCAAAGAUUUGGCCUCCCAUCCCCAAUCGAGCAGUCAAGUGGAAGUCUCCAAUCGUCAAAUCAAGCUCAUCCUUGAAAAGACGGUUGCGAGAAAUCAAAAGGAUUGGUUGGAAAAGUUGGUUGAUGCUAUUUGGGCCUAUAGGAAGGCUUUCAAGACCCCCAUAGGUACCACUCCAUACCUCCUAGUCUAUAGCAAGUCAUGCCAUCUCCCGAUUGAAAUUGAACAUUGUGCUUUGUGGGCAAUCAAGAAGAUAAAUUUUGACUUGGCAAGUGCGGGGGAGAAAAGGUGGUUAGAUCUUCAUGAGCUAGAGGAGCUUCGGCUUGAUGCUUAUGAUUGUGCUAGUGUGUACAAGGCUCGUUCCAAGGAAACACAUGACAAGCUUAUUGAGAAGCAAGAUUUUUGUGUUGGUGAUAAAGUUCUUCUCUACAAUUCAAAAAUGAAGUUGUUUCUAGGAAAGCUCAUGUCAAGAUACAUCAGUCCUUAUUUGGUCAAGAAUGUUUUUCCAAGUGGUGUUGUAGAGGUCUCAAUGAUGGAUUCUUCUUCUGCGUUUAAGGUCAAUGUCCAUCGUCUCAAGAAGUAUUUCGACGGUUCUUUUGUUGGCCUUGUUCACUCAUUGCUUCUCCGACAACCACCUUAA